AUGUCUUGCUGCAAGGCUCAAUCAUCAUCGUUGGGUGGUUUAUUAUUUUUCGGAGGCUUGGCUCUUGCCACUGUGUGGAUGGGCAGAAACAAGAAGAGCGUUAAUAAUGAAAAGAAGGAACCAGAAACUACGAUUGAAUCCUAUAUUUCUUUUGUAAAAGAAAGAGUUGAAAUUGUUGCAGGAAAAUUAGGAAUUCCGAGCAAUGAAAUCUUCCAAUUGCUUCCUCACUUGAAAGAAACUCCCACUACUGAUGCGUUUGUCAAGACCAAUCUUCCUCUUUCUCAAUUCAUAGAUCAUACCAUAUUGAAAGCAAACGCAAAAAAGAGUGAGGUAGAGCAAUUAUGUCAAGAGGCUCUCACUCAUAAUUUUGCUGCUGUUUGUGUUAAUGCUGCAAACGUUGCAUUGUGCAAAAAAUUAUUGGAAACCUCAAAUGUAAAGAUUGCUUCUGUGGUUGGAUUUCCAUUAGGUGCAACCACUGUUGAAAGUAAGGUUUUUGAAACUCGACAAGCCAUCGAUCUUGGAGCUCAUGAAAUUGACAUGGUCAUUAACAUUGGAAAAUUAUUAGAUGGAGAUUAUCAAUAUAUUUACGAUGAACUCAAACGUAUGGCUGAUGCUUGUAUUGAGAAGGGAGCUGUUCUGAAAGUAAUUUUGGAAUGUUGUUUGUUGAAUAAGGAUUUGAUUGCUGAUGCUUCCAUCAUGUGUAUGUUAGCUAAAUGCCAUUAUGUGAAAACUAGCACUGGAUUCAGCACCUCAGGAGCAAAAUUAGAAGAUUGCAAGUUGAUGAAGGCAGUAGUUGGCAACGUUGGUCUUGUGAAGGCCGCUGGAGGUAUUAGAGACAAAGAAACAGCAAUGAAGUUUAUUGAUGAGGCCAAGAUUUCAAGAAUUGGUACUUCGAGCGGAGCUGCCAUCAUCGGUGGCACAAAAGCCACAGGAUAUUAG